CCUGUACCCAACCUGCAGGCCCUACCCAGGGGCUGGAUGCUCUGUGGGACGGAUGCAGAGGCCGUGAGCACACUUGAUCUGGAGGGCAGACUGUCCAAGUGCCGCCUCCCCUCUCGAAACCAGCUGUAAACACAGAUAGGGAGGGGCCUCCACGCCUGCCAAGGGAGGCAGUGACCGUGUGAGUAAUUGACUCAAGGAAAACAAGUGCAGCAGGAGUGUGCGCCAUGCUCACGCGCAUCGCUGGCUGCUGCAGAGAGGCUGGGAUUCCCGAGACACAGCCCCUGGCUCUGCCAUGCUGCCUGCUGCUGGCCUCUGGAAUCUACAGUAUAAAGGAAGGAGGGACUUGUGAUACAGAGCUGUGAAGCUGGGGUGAGCUGCCAUGUGGAGCUGUGGCCCUCUCAACAGCACAGUGUGGGGUGAGGAGCCGCUGUGCCGGAACCUGCGCCUGGGGCUCUGGGUCCUCUCACUGAUCUACCUGGGAGCAGGUGUCCCUGUGGGCUUGGGCUACAAUGCCCUGCUGGUGCUGGCCAACCUGACCAGUAAGAACAGCAUGACUAUGCCAGACGUGUACUUCGUGAAUAUGGCUGUGGCCGGGCUGGUGCUCACAGCAUUGGCACCUGCAUACCUGCUGGGCCCCGCCCACUCCAGGUGGGCCCUGUGGAGCCUCAGCAGCGAGGCCCAUGUGACACUGCUCAUCCUGUUCAAUGUGGCUUCCCUGGUGAUCAUGUAUUCGACUGCCCUGCUGAGCCUUGACUACUACAUCGAACGUGCCCUGCCACGUACCUACAUGGCCAGUGUGUACAACACCCGGCACGUGUGUGGCUUCGUCUGGGGUGGGGCCAUGCUCACCAGCUUCUCCUCUCUGCUGUUCUACAUCUGCAGCCAUGUGUCUUCUCGCAUCGCUGAGUGUGCCCGGAUGCAGAACACGGAGGCUGCGGACGCUAUCCUGGUGCUCAUCGGCUAUGUGGUGCCAGGCCUGGCCGUGCUGUAUGCGCUGGCACUCAUCUCAAGGAUUGGGAAGGAAGACACGCCCCUGGACCAGGACACCAGCAGGCUGGACCCCUCGGUGCAUAAGCUGCUGGUGGCCACCGUGUGCACACAGUUUGGGCUCUGGACGCCUUACUACCUGAGCCUGGGGCACACAGUGCUGGCCUCACGGGGGAGGACCACAGAGGGGCACUAUCUGGGCAUCCUGCAGGUUGCUAAGGACUUGGCCAAGUUCUUGGCCUUCUCAAGCAGCUCUGUGACGCCGUUGCUCUACCGUUACAUCAACAAAGCCUUCCCCAGCAAGCUCCGACGGCUGGUGAAGAGAAUACAGUGUGGGCACCGACACUGCCCCCCUGACCCUGUGGGGAUCCAGCAGGUGAUGGCACAGGCGUAGCUCGGCCCUCCCUGGUCUUGGUCCCAGGAGAGGACUUGACCACAAGGAACACUAGACCCACCUGAUGCACGGCACUUUGUUCACCAAGCACGGCGCUGCCACCCCGGGAGGCGUGCUGAGAACAGAAUGGCACGGGGGGGGGGGCAGUCUCUGACAUGUUCUGUAUGCUCCCCUAGGCCAGUCUUGGUUUGAUGCUGCCUUGUGGAAAGAGGCAGUGCCUUGUGCUAACGGGCUGCUUCUAACUAACCUCCCCGCCUUCCCCGCAAGGUGUGUGCCUUUCUCCCAGGGACAUCUUCAAGGUCCACGUCCUCAAAAGCAGGCUGACCUUUGGCCUCCCUGGUAUUUGGGCUUUCUAAAUGAAGUGAUGAAAUCUAAAGCCAGUAUUUAUACUUCACAUUGACACAAUACUUGAUUCUCCUCUCUCUCUUUUUUAUUAAAUAAAAAGAAGUGUUAGAAAAAUGCCUAGUAUUAAGAUGAAAACAGUACAAGAGAACAUGGCUGUCGCUGGUACCAGUGUUACAGCUUGAGGACAGGACAGUGCCUGUCAGGCCUGAGCUGCUGGACCUUUCUCCAGCCACACAUACCUGGCUACCUCUCUCCUAGAGAACUGAUGUUAGAACAGGCCCGUCCUUCCAGGGCCUCAACACGUGCACAUCAGUGAACGGAAGAAAGUACUCUCUCCUUAGUGCAGAAACCGGAAGACCCCAGGACAGAGAUCUGGAUGUGGUAAAGUGUUAGCCAGGCAGGAUGGUAGGAGGCCAGGCGCCCCGAGAUGACCAGGGACUGGCAUCCAGGUUAAGGGUCCUGCCUGGCUGGUUUCACACAGCUGUGGGGUGGUACAGGAUGUACAGGAUGAGGCUCGCCUUAUCACAGGUGUCUGGGUCCAGGCCUCACCCACAUGCCUCUGGGGCCUUGUGUUUGGUAAUUAACUACUCUAACACGUGGGCAUGAAAAGAAUUCCCACCACCCCCAUCCCAUCACUGUCACCACCCCAUUCUCUAGGGCUACAUUGCAAGCCCACAACUCCCUGCUCCCCAGUUCUAGCAAUCUCCUCCAUAUGAUCGUCUAACCUGCCUGUCUCUGCAGAAGGCGGGUGUGAUCCAUAUUCAAUGGCCUUCCUACAUGGCCCUGAGGCUGUCCUAGCUGCUUGGGAACUCCAGCUAAGAGUAAGUUUAGUUUUUAUCUAUGCAAACUGCAUCUCCUCAGAUGGUGAGUGCCAGAGUUAAUCUGCCUUAAGGAGAAUUACUGAGGUGCACGAGGUCCUUAGCCCUAGCUGUGAUCACUGGGCACGCUCUGUGGGGCCUAGUUCUCAAGAGUAAACCACAAGGCUGGGUUAGACAACAGUCUCAGAAUUGCUUCUGGCUAAAGUAAAGUGUUGCUUUGAGGUCUUUAAAAUGGCAAGCCGAGCUUUCCCUGUCCUCUCGACGCACAGCUGAACGGAGGUUCUGAGGCUGCCAGGGUCCCAGACCACAGCCACACCGACCACCUUAAUGCUUGCUGGCUGAGGAAACAAGAACCCUCACCAUGAAGGGUCUAGCAGGGCCCAGCCCGCAGGCCAACUGUAGUUCUCCUAGGGUGAAAGCAAGCCCAGGGGCCAAGGUCAGGGCAAGCAAAGUCAGCCUAAGCUUUGUGGGUCAUAGGGGAAACAGAAUCCAGAUGGGCGGGGCUGUUCAUGAGGUCGGUGUCCAGCUUAAAGUAGUCAUUGCCCUUGGGGACCAUUUUACACCCUUUGGGCCAGGUAGAGGUCCUGGGAGAGACAGACCCCUGGUCCAGGAAGGGCUCUGUGUCCUGGACUCCUUCACCCCAGUCAUCCCCAAGCACAAGGUGGGGAGAGGCCCAAGUGUUCCUUUGUUGCAUUUUCUCAAUGGCCUUAGGGACAAACUGACCAUGUUUUAGGGGACCCUUGAGGGACUAGAAUCCAGGACCCUGUGACUGGCAUCAACUGUCUAGCCACUUGUCCUGCAGGGACAGCCCAGUGUGCACCCAGCUGUCUGCUUGGGUGGAGCUGCACAUGGCUAGAAUAGUGGCCAUCUGCAGUGCAGAUAUUCCCUGUAGAGACCCCUAGUGUGAUGCGCUCUCCCACCCGGGAUCCUGUUCCCACCACCUGCCUCCUCGUCCCAGUCCAACCACAGCCACCUAAGUACCACACAGUCACCGGUGCUCUGACGUCUGCUGUCUGUGAGUCUGUGCUGAGUUCAUCCUGGGAGCCCCCAGGGUCUGUGUUCCAAUUCCUUCUCCCAAAGUAGGAAAGUAGGAACCUAACCACAUAGAGAGGGCGCUGCAACAGCCGCGCAUGCGCACAGUGCUUUCUCGCAUGCGUUUAAGAUGCCAGGCAGGACACGCAGUUCCCCAAGGAUCGCUAAUUUGGCUGUCAACACUUCUUGAUGGUUAUAAUUUAUGA